CUCACAGUCUGCAUGUGACCUGCACACCGGCGCCGCGAGAUGACGUCAGCAGCGCCUUCCAUGCCCUCAGUCGGUGGCUGAUGACGCAGUUCACUCUCCAAGCAUGGUGGAUCUGAUAGCAUGAGGUGAGGUGAGUGAGUGAGUGUAAGUGGAGAUUUACCGGAGUAAGCCAGCACUGAGCACAUUGACAUCACAGGACAGCAUGCAGAGCCAUCUUAUUAACCAGCAUGUGGGGUUCAGGGGGGCACAGGGAUUAUUAUAACAUGGGAGGGAGGGAGGCAUAGAGGACAACAUGCAGAGCCAUUUUAUUAACCAGCAUGUGGGGGUCUUAGGGGCACAGGGAUUAUUAUAACAUGGGGAGGGUAUAGAGGGCAAAUAUGCAGAGCCAUUUUAUUAACCAGCAUGUGUCUAGGGGGCACAGGGAUUAUUAUAACAUGGGGAGGGGGGGGGCAGUUAGAGGACAACAUGCAGAGCCAUUUUAUUAACCAGCAUGUGGGGUUCAGGGGGGCACAGGGAUUAUUAUAACAUGGGGGGGAGGGGGGCAUAGAGGACAACAUGCAGAGCCAUUUUAUUAACCAGCAUGUGGGGUUCAGGGGGGCACAGGGAUUAUUAUAACAUGGGGGGAGGGGGGGCAUAGAGGGCAACAUGCAGAGCCAUUUUAUUAACCAGCAUGUGGGGUUCAGGGGGGCACAGGGAUUAUUAUAACAUGGGGGGAGGGAGGUAUAGAGGACAACAUGCAGAGCCAUCUUAUUAACCAGCAUGUGGGGUUCAGAGGGGCACAGGGAUUAUUAUAACAUGGGGGGAGAGGGGGCAUAGAGGACAACAUGCAGAGCCAUCUUAUUAACCAGCAUGUGGGGUUUAGAGGGGCACAGGGAUUAUUAUAACAUGGGGGGGAGGGAGGCAUAGAGGACAACAUGCAGAGCCAUCUUAUUAACCAGCAUGUGGGGUUCAGGGGGGCACAGGGAUUAUAACAUGGGGAGGGAGGCAUAGGUGACAACAUGCAGAGCCAUCUCUCAUUAACCAGCAUGUGGGUCCAGGGGGCACAGGAUUAUUAUAACAUGGGGAGGAUCAAGAUAGAGGACAACAUGCAGAGCCAUUUUAUUAACCUGGGCAUGGGUCCAGGGGCACAGGGACUAUUACAUAUAACAUGGGGAGGGAGGGCAUAGAGGACAACAUGCAGAGCCAUUUUAAUAACCAGCAUGUGUCCAGGGGGCACAGGGAUUAUUAUAACAUGGGGGAGUGAGGGUGAUGAGGACAACAUGCAGAGCCAUUUUAUUAACCAGCAUGUGGGGUUCAGGGGCACAGGGAUUAUUAUAACAUGGGGAGGGAGGUAUAGAGGACAACAUGCAGAGCCAUUUUAUUAACCAGCAUGUGGGUUCAGGGAUUAUUAUAACAUGGGGAGGGGGGCAUAGAGGACAACAUGCAGAGCCAUUUUAUUAACCAGCAUGUGGGGUUCAGGGGGCACAAGGAUUAUUAUAACAUGGGAGGGAGGGUAUAGAGGGCAACAUGCAGAGCCAUUUUAUUAGCCAGCAUGUGGGGUUCAGAGGGGCACAGGGAUUAUAACAUGGGAGGGAGGGAGGCAUAGAGGACAACAUGCAGAGCCAUUUUAUUAACCAGCAUGUGGGGUUCAGGGGGGCACAGGGAUUAUUAUAACAUGGGGGGGAGGGGGGCAUAGAGGACAACAUGCAGAGCCAUUUUAUUAACCAGCAUGUGGGGUUCAGGGGGGCACAGGGAUUAUUAUAACAUGGGGGAAGGGAGGGCAUAGAGGGCAACAUGCAGAGCCAUUUUAUUAACCAGCAUGUGGGGUUCAGGGGGGCACAGGGAUUAUUAGAACAUGGGGGACGACGACAUAGAGGACAACAUGCAGAGCCAUUUUAUUAACCAGAAUGUUGGGUUCAGAGGGCACAGGGAUUAUUAUAACAUGAGAGGGAGGGCAUAGAGGACAACAAUGACCUGUUACUGGGGGGGUUGUAAUACAUUGCAAUAAUUAGCAUGAACAUGUUGUGUUUGUGUCUUAUUGUUAAACUGGUUACAUAUCAACUAUACAUACUGAUGGGCAAGGCUUGAAAAAUGGGAGGUGAUCAUGUAGCAUAUGAAUGCUGCAUACAGCAGGGCAGCAGUUGAUAUGAUGUUAUAUGGGUCUAUGGAAAUGUGGUAAAACAUGUAUUUAAUCUGCUUGUGUCCCCCUUUUUAUCAUGUCAGGAUACACGUUAAAAAAAUAUAUAUAUAAAUUGGGAAUCGUCAGUUGUCCUUACCAACUCAACCAGGAAGACCGCACUGCUUGAGAAUGUUUUUGCAAUGCAAUCCUUUUAAUGGACAUUCUCUAAAUCAGGGGUAAGCAACUUUCAGCACUCCAGGUGUUGUGGACUACAUCUCCCCUGAUGCUUUGCAGCAUUAUGGCUGUAAAAUUAUUAUGUGAUAUGUUGUCUGCAAAAUCUGUUGUGCCGAAGAUUCCCUACUUCUGCACUAAAUCUUUAGCAAAUCCGCUCACGGCAAAUCAUGACCACCUCUUGUGAUUGUGUGGUGCUGUGACACCACAUUAAUUUAUUGUAUACAUUUUAUGAAAUUUUGUGUAUAAUGGUAUUAAAUUAUUCUGUUGCCUAUGUUGCAGGUUUGUAAAACAAGUUUGUUAUUUAGUAAAUCUUCUUCAUGACUGUGGUACCCACAAAUUGAAUAAGCUCUUUAAGCCAUGCCACCAGUGGUCUACUGACAAGAUUACUCUGAGAUUGUUCCUUCAGCGAGGCAGUCUCUCCACCAUGGCAGAAAUGCAAGAUUGUCAACAUGACGCAGGUCUUUACUCCCCGAAUCCAAGCGUGAGUGGGAUGACUUGUCUAGACCGAGACGCCUUCAAUAAAACUAUAACUGUUCCUGUGAUUCGAGUAAAGAAAGAGAUCAUAAAUCAGGUGAUGAAAGCCCUGAAACACAGACUUGUACAAAGACCCCAUCUAAAGAGAGUGAUUGAGGAUCCCAAAGAUGAAAUAAACAAACUGGUCCUGUUGGACCCAUUUAAAGUAACCUCCGAUGAGUCAUUUGAGGAGUGUGACCAUUUACUCUUUAAGAAAUUUGGAGUCAGCCCUCAGAUUACCAAAUAUGAGCUACAGCUCACUUAUGAAAAUUUUAAAGGCGAUGAAAUCUUGCGGGCAGUCUUACCAAAAGGCCAAGAUGUCACAUCCGGUUUUAGUCGAGUUGGACAUAUUGCUCACAUGAACCUGCGGGAACACCAGCUUCCAUACAAGAAUUUGAUUGGUAUGUAAUUGAACAAAUUUCAACUUUACUUUUGUUUUUGUGUGUUAGCCACAAUAUACAAUUCACUAAACUGUAAACUGAAUUUCAGAUUUUAUACCACUAUAACAGAACUGAAAAAAAGGCACAACUAUGUUUUUGGUUUAACUUUUUUUUUUUUUAACUUAAUACAGAGGUGGGCUUGACAGGUGUUCCGUGCAUCUAUCUGGUCUUGCUGUGAAGUACACAUUAAAAUAAAUGGGUUCUAAUAAAAUGUAUGUGUGUAGAAGGGUUAUUUAAUGAUGAAAAGUGUAUUUUUCAUUAAAUAAAAAUAAAUAGAAUCUUAUACCAUUAGCCAUUAGAUUGAAUAUCUUUGUUACAAAAAGUUCUAAGGUCCAGAUCCAUAACCAGAUUUAUUUAUUUUUUUCUUUCAGGCCAAGUCAUCCUGGACAAAAAUCCAGGUAUCACCUCCGUCGUGAAUAAGAUCAACACCAUCGACUCGACAUAUAGAAAUUUUCAAAUGGAGGUUUUAGCUGGUGAGGAAAACAUGAUCACUAAGGUUAGUUUCUGCUCGAGAAGAUAAGUGAGCAAAUCAUUGGGUCCACUGUGUAUUACUGUAUUAACUCUCCCAAAUAUUAACGAAUGUCAACAUCUGUGUCUGGAGUUCUGAGUGUAUCUCGCAAGGUGUUGGGCGCUAGUAGUACUUCCCGUCACAAUUGCCGUUGGGCACUGGACUUGGAUCUUUUAGUGGAGCUUAGCUUGUCAAAGCAUCAUGGGAGAUGUAGUCUUGGAAUUUGCAGAUUUAUUCUUAUUGCUCUAUUUUUUUGAGACUUUUAUAUUACAUUUUUGUUGUUGUUACUAGUAUUUAAAAGCUUUUAGUUAAUGUGUAUAUUUUACAGAUGUUCUUAAUAUAAUUUUUAUUUUAAAAAUUUUUAUUUGCAUAUUAUUCAGGUUACAACAGAUGCACAGUAUAGGUACAGUAUAUCACCCAACAAUAAAAGAUACACAAUGGUACAUGUAGUAUCACUGCCUCGUCUGUGCAAUACAUAGAUAUUCAUAUAAAAUAUAACAAACUUCUAGCAAAAAACAUCUAACUGUCCCGAGGUCACUCUUCACAAGGACUUUAGCUUAAGACUUCUUAGAAACAGUCAAUUGUCCCCAUGACUGUAACUAGUACGAUCCGGCUAUUUCACGUAUUGGGUGUUGGAAAGUGAUAUAUACAUAAUUUUUUAAAAAAUUUUUUUGCUUUUCUGAUCUGCCAUGCCAAAGUUAUAGUUAUGGUGUCGGUUGAGUGAGACACUUGGGAGAAUUCAAAUAGAUAUUAGGGUGUCCAUGGAAUUAUGUGAUCGGACGUCUGGAUGUGGAUUGUGGUGCUUGUCUGUCCGACAUUUCAAUAUGGAGUCUCUUGGGCCCCAUCUACCAAGGUUGGGGGCUGUAUUAGGUUGGACAUCAAUCUUUAUUAGGUUGCAUACCAAUCUUCAACCCAAACAUCGGGUAAGUCCAGAGAGAGGAAUGGUGAUACAUCAUGUAUAGUGGAAAUCGUAAAUGUAGUGCCCUGUCUUACUACUAUAAGUGCCAGGGGUAUGCCCCAUUGGUACCUGAUGUUCCGGCAUCUGAGCAGGUCGGUGAUCAUCCUCGGGAGCCUUCGUGCCUGGAGAGUCACCCAUGAUAGAUCCAGAAAGAUUUGGAUUGGAACUUAAUGGAAUAAUAGCGGUUGAGAUGUAUUCCUCAGGGUACGGAGCAGAUCCUUCUUGCAGGAAUAAUAGUGCAGUCCGCAGAUAACAUCCGUCUGUGUACCCGCCUUAGAUCCUCUGGAGCGGAGGGAGCAAUGUGCUUGGUCUAUGAUCACUGGGUUAUCCGCUGGCUUGGCAAGGAUGAGGUUGAAAAGCUCCUGGCGCAGCCGAUGGAGCUCUUCCUGAUCUUGUGCAGGUAGGCCUUUGAUCCGCAAAUUGUUGCGGCGCCCUCGAUUGUCGAGAUCAUCUAGUGAUCUUUGGUAGGCAGCCAUAGCUGAGGUAUUGGCUUCAACCAUUGAUUGCAGGUGUUGCAUUUGGGAGAAGAGCAGGUCCCUGUCUUCUUCAAGGGAGCUCACUCGCUCACCCACCUGGCGUAUGUCAGUUCCCAGGGCCUCUGAAAAGAGCUUUCAAGUUUGUGUAGCAUACUUUCCAUGUCUCUCUUCGUCUGGAAGUUUGCAAAUAUUUCCCGGAGGCAUGGGUCAAGUUGUGAGUGAUAGGUGUCUGAUUCCGCCGGGCUUGACGGCAGAGAGCUGUCGCCCUGUGAAGUGAGCGCCAUCUUGGGAUCAUCCUGGUCGACAGUCCUAUCUGCCGUGUCUCUGAAAAACCUUGUUAAAAAGCUAGAUUUUGCUGUCUGCGUUUUCCCUGAGCAUUGGGUUUUUUGGGGUUACCCGUGAUAGUGGAUGUGCCCGGGUUGUGUUGGAUUCAGCCGUUGGAGUUGAGGAGCUCAGCGAGGUACGUCCAUUCGGAUCAGCAGUUAGCCACGCCCCCCUUAAAAUAUUUUUUACGGUGGGGUUGUUCCAGAGCAAAGAAGAUUAAACAUCCUGAUUUUACAGGUUAAAGCAGGGGUCCUCAAAUGGUGGCACUUCAGCUGUUGCUGAACUACAACUCCCUUGAUUCUUUGAAUUACAUAGAUAAGCCAGAGAAUCAUGGGAGUUGUAGUUCAGCAACAUCUGGGGGGCCAGAGUUUGAGGACCCCUGGGUUAAAGGGACAUUAGUCACCAGAACAACUACAGCUUAAUGUAUUUGUUACCAAGUAUAGUCUGUCAUUGCAGGCUUUUUGCAGUAAACACUGGUUCUCCCCACCCCCCCUCCCAGAGAAAAGGCAGUAUUUACAGCCUAGGGGCACCCCAUUGAACACUCUUUAGAUGGCUACUAGAGUUGCUUCCUGGGGCAGUGCUGCACAGUGUAACUGACUUUGUGUCUCCACCCUCUGCAUGCAGACACUGAACUUUCCUCGUAGAGAUGCAUUGAUUCAAUGCAUCUCUAUGAAGAGAUGCUGAUUGGACAGGGUGGUAUUUGGCUCCACCUCUGCACCACCUCCUUGGCAUUCUCACCCAAUACAAUGCUUUCCUAUGGGGAAGCAUUGCGAUUGGCUGAGAUCUCUUCUGAUGAUGUCAGCCAAGGAGACAGAUCAGGGGCAGAGCCAGCACCAGCAGCCUGAAUUGAAAUUAAGAUUUUUACAAUAUUUAGGGGGACAGAGGGGCUCAUAAGUGUUUUUAACACUAUAGGUUCAGGAAUACAUGUUUGAGUUCCUGACCCUAUAGUGUUCUUUUAAGGCAAGAAAGGUUUGGGGGGUUUCUGUUGUGUGGUUUUUUUUUGUUUGUUUUUUUUUUUUUUUUUUAUUAAAACCAAAUGCUAUGUUUUCAUUUUUAGGUUAAAGAAAAUUACAUCACAUAUGAAUUUGAUUUUUCCAAAGUAUACUGGAAUCCACGCCUCUCCACGGAGCAUGAACGCAUCAUUCAUGUCUUAAAGCCAGGGGAUGUUCUUUUUGAUGUUUUUGCAGGAGUAGGACCAUUUGCCAUUCCCACGGCCAAAAAGAAUUGCAUUGUUUACGCCAAUGACUUGAAUCCUGAAUCUUACAAAUGGCUAUUGCACAACUGCAAACUGAACAAAGUAGACAAAAAGGUUUUUGCAUCCAAUGUCGAUGGACGCGACUUUAUCAAAACAAUAGUAAAGACGGAGCUACUUAAGUAUAUAAAGCUAUUUUCUAAUGAACAAAAGAAUAAGAUCCACAUAGUUAUGAACUUACCAGCGAUGGCGAUUGAGUUCCUUGAUGCUUUUAUAAAUCUCUGUGAAGAAGAGCCUUGUAGUGACGCUGUUUUGCCAACUGUGCACUGCUACAGCUUUUCAAAAGAUGACAAUCCGAAAAGAGACGUUAAAGAGAAGGCAGAGUCUAUUUUGGGGGCGCAGUUAGAUGAUUGCUCUGUGCAUCUGGUGAGGAAUGUGGCCCCUAACAAAGAUAUGAUGUGUAUAAGUUUCCAGGUUCCUGCCAAGGUACUUUAUAAAACACGGGCCGACACUGCUGGUAAGCUCCUGAAAUUGGAUGUUAAAACUUGUCUGUAUUAUGGAGUUUGUGUGUACAAAAUAACUUGUCUUGGUCUAAAAAAUUCAACAUUUUUUAAUAGGACCCAACUGGGGUUUUAUUUGUAAUUUGUUUCUACAAUCUGCAACAAAAAAAACAUUGUCAGGAGUUCAAAGUAAAUUUAAAAUUUAAGACCUUAAAGGGAUACUAUAGUGCUAGGAAUACAAAGCUGUAUUCCUGGCACUAUCGAUGCCCCCCCUCCCCUAUUAAUAAAGGGUUAUAAACCCUUUAUUUACUUACCUAGUUGCGGCUCCUUCUCUUCCGACGUCCCGUGACGGGCAGGCUCUAAUCUAAUUUAAUUACUGCUUUCUUCCUAUAUGUAAAAUCUGCCGCUGGAUGUCCUCAUACAGAGCGUGAGGUUGUCCAGCGUCAGAUACUGGACCAAAAGUCUGCUUUGAUCCAGGAAGCGUCCCCAGUAGCUAUCUGGUAGACAGCCACUGAGGGCAGACUUGGAGCUGCAAUGUAAACAUUGCAGUUUCUCUGGAACUUAAAUGUUUUACAUUGUAGCACUAAAUGCAAUAGGGACACUGCACCCAGAUUACUUCAAUCAGCUGAAGUUGCCUACGGUGUCCCUUUAAUAGCAGAAUUGGCCAAAUUAUCCCAGUCAGCUCUACUUCCUGUUUGGCUAUUUCGGUCUAACAUUUGAAAUACAUUUUUAAAUCCUGAUUAUCACUUUAGUAAAUAACUAAUAGCAUUAAAGUUCCUGCUGCCUGGCUUUUGACAAUGUAUAACUCCUAUCAUACCAAGUCAUAAUCUGGCUUAGGCUAGUUAAUAUACAAUUUAUGUGAUGUAUAACUCCAGUCAAUCUUUGCUUAUGGUUGGCUGAAGCAGAUAAGAAUCUUAGUCCACAAAAGCUUUAGACAUUCAUAAAUGGUUUGUGAUCUCAGAGCUAAAGUUUCCAUGAAAAUCUGUUUUUUAUUGGAAGUAAACAUCAAAAUAUAUGUAAUCGGUUUAAAUAACAGUGGUCAGGGCACUCAAAUCUGGGUCGCCAACCUCCUAAAUCUUGUGGCCUCUGCAAAGAAGUAUAGUCCCACAGCAAAUCUCACAGGCUUCCCCUACAGCUAUGAAGUAAAUGUGAAAUUGGAAAACCCAUGGAAAAAAGUUUUGUAGUAAAAACAUAGAUUUUCCAUCUAUGUGGCUACAGUUACCAUGUCAACAAGGGGUAGACUGGUAACACUUUGACAUCUAACACUUUUACUAAUUAUUAUUUUUCCAGACGUGUGUAUUUAUAGUGGAAAUAUAUAUUCUGUCAUUUGACAUUAAUUUGAUGUGACUUCAUUUUGUUUCCAGAUGAACCAACAGCUAAACGUUCACGAACAGAAGAAGAGAGCGCCACAGAAAAUUAAUCCAGGGAUCAAGACUUUUUCAUUCUGUAAAUUUUGUUUUAUAUUGGGACAGGCGCCCAACUGAUGGGACUUUUUAUUUUAUUUUUAUUUUAAUAAAAAGAUAUUGCUAAGAAAUUGCAUGCAGGUUGUUGAGUUUCUUGAUUAAAAAUAUCAACACAUGUUUUAAAUCCGAGUCUCAGUUUGUGGUGAGUGUUUAAUGACCGAUAUUAGAUUAUUAUUUUUUUGUAUGAUGCAGUUGCUGUUACUAGCUGUGAACUAAACUUUGUCAGUUGAAGCAAAUUAUAGAUUUCUUUUUUUU